AUGCCUUCCUGCGCUGCUACUUUCGACGCGGACGGUAAUGAAAAGACCAAGAUCCAUGUCUUCUACAACCAGCAAAACAAGAACCUUGGGCUUCUGUUCCGCAAUGAACAAGACGGAGGCCAAGCUCAAUUCAACAACUUUGCUUCUGGGGGCGACGCCGUUGUUGGCAAUAUCAUCAACCCGUCUUACCUAGCCGUCACCAAGUUCAACAACCAGGACUUUGUAUUUGGUGUGACCGACAAGAGGUCCGUCUCAGUCAGCCAGAACAACAACGAGGUUGACCCCAACGGCUGCAAGUGUCCCCCAGAUGCUAAGGAGGUUGACCUUUCCCUCAUCAGCCCCGUCUACAUGGUCGUUUCCCCGUAUGUUUAUAGCGACAACUACAGGAUUGCUGCGUGCUGUAGCAAGACUGACAACUGGAUCUACUAUCUCAAGAAGAAGGGCCAAGAUCUCAACCUUUAUGAAGCCAUGAUUGGGGACGGCAGCGACAAUGAAUACACCGAAUUGACUAAAGUCGCCCCCAACUCCUCUCUCGCAGCCUGGUACGGCACUGUCGACAACAAAAAGCACAUCGUUUACCAGAGCACUGCUGGGUCGAACAAUUUGUAUGAGUUCACAGCCGACUCACAGGACAACCGUCAAAUUGACCAAGCUGCGGGGGUGCGGCCCAACACAUCUAUUGCUGUUGCUGUCACUACGAACGGUGUCUACCUAUACUACAUCAACACGAACAACCGUAUCUCCAGAGUUUACAAGGAUCUUGAAGAGAAAUCAGAAUUCGCCAACUACACUGUUGUCAAAGCUUGCACUAACAAUGCUGCCGCGGAUGCUCAGCUCACUGUCACGCUUGCUGGGGAUGAUAUUCACAUCUUCUACACGGCUGAAAACCAGAACAAGCAGAACGUCGUCUCCCACUUCGUUGAUAAGAAGCCUCCCAAGCCCGCUCAGUGA